AACUGUGUCCGCGUUGAAGGCAGGCUGCUCUGCUCUGCUCGUGUCCGUGUCAGUGCGAACUUGGAAAUGUGCUCGUUUGUGUAGUUCCCAGCGUGCUUCCACCACUAUCAACUCGGAAAACUUGGCUUUUAUUGUAGCCGCCGCCUCUUGUUUCGGAUUCGAAUUUCGUGCGAUAUUUUCCUUCUCCCCUUCCCCUCGCGUUCCACCCACCGACAAGGCUGCCUACAGGAUUAUAUAUACAAGAUCGAUGGUUGAUCUGAAGUGGAGUUGUGAUGCUUAUUCCAUGCCAUUCGUGAGAUAACUAGAACACACCGCUGUUUGGACGGAAUGUAUUGGUCAUCGGAUCCGCUGUUCCUAUGGCGUAGGAGCAAAGCCAGCGAAGAUGCGACCGGCAUGAGUCAUGCAUCAAGCAAAGCGACUACUGUCUGCAGCGGAAGCACUGGAACCAGCACCAGCAACAAUAGCAGCAGCCACACAGCAGCCGCUGCCGGCCACUCUGCAGCGGCGACCAGCGGCAAGGAAGUGCGCUACCCUUUCGGCGUGCAAAAUGACCUUGGCCAGGUGAUUCUAUCUACCAAAUCCUCUGCGAAGGAUGGCACACCGGCAGCAUCGUCUUCAUCGUCGUCAUUUACAUCAGCUGUGCAGCCGCACUCACAAGCACAAGCACCCGCCGUGGCGGCCGCAUCAGCCCACUCACAUCCACACUCACACGCACACGCACACGCACAUCAACAACGCUCCUCAACGCUCAACGCUCGACUAUCGCCUUCAAGACUGUCCCUACAAUCCGCUAGUUUACAAUGCAGUAUCGGUUCAUCUGCAGAUUUGAGUUGUGAAGCUGCCUUGUUAGAGAGAGCCAUACGUUAUAACGAUACUUUACGAGUUAAGAGGUUCCUCAAUUUACACCACGAUAAGUUUCAGGUCAAUCUUCAUGGUAGUCUACUUGGAAAAUCAUCCUCAUGCGAAACUCAAAGCCAAGAUGUCGAGAUACUGCUUAGGAAAUCAAAAACACUAAUAGAUCGAUUGGGGCCCGGCCGGUCGGAGGACGAGGACGACUCGAGUAGUUCGUCGUCGUCAACGGUGUGGUCGCACCCCCCCGCCCCCCUCAUCUUUAGCAACGCACUCCACGUGGCCGUCGAACAGGGAUCCGUGGAGGUGGCGCGGCUCCUGCUCAAGUACGGCCUCGAACCCAACCAGGGCGGUCGUCUGCCCUGCGCCACCACCCCUCAGCCACCAGCCACCACACAACCAUCAUUCUUCCCCGCCUCCACCGCCUCCACCAUCACCACCACUACAACCACCACCACUACCACUGCUGUUCAGGCCACCAGCUCAUGUUACACGACAUCUGUGACAGAGCCGAUAAGCAGUAGCUCAACGGCAACGGCGACGACGACAGUGACACGCCGAGUGAGCUGGGUGCCGCCGACGUCACCGCGGUCGCCGUCCGCCACCGCUCUAGACCUGGCCAAGAAGCGGCGCUGCCUCACCGCUAAGGCAGCCGCCGUCGCCCGGCAGAGAUCCUUCUCACUCGAAAGCAACUCUGACCUACUCCGGCCGGCCGGCGGCGGAAACUGGCAACAGGAGAGGCGAAGUGUCUCACUCAAAUCGAGUCCUUUGAUAUCCACAAGAACUCCUCCACCAGGAGCACUUCCCGAAGAAGUGGUUCCUGCAAGAGGCACUGGUUCAGAAAAGACAAUCCCUGAACGCAGUAUAAUCGCCGAGUUGAGAAGGAGCAGUGAGAUUUUCAAGAGCAUACUAUUGAACUUAUCAAUGAAGGAAUCUGAACAAUCGGAAGCAGAGGAGACAAAGUCCAAUGCAGAGUUGUCGCCUAAAGAGCCCCAAGUCGAUGUGGCCACUCUAUUAGCCGAACACGGACGUCGAAGACUAGCUUCGUUUGAAUCCGACGGGUUCUCCAGUCUUUCAUCCACUUCUUCCUCUUCCUCUUCAUCCUCCCCAUCCUCAUCCUCAUCAAGUUCGCCUUCGAGAUGUUCGGAAAGUUCGCUAGGAAGUCCAGAGGAGGACGAUGAUCUGGACGGGGCCCCUCCACCAGGCGGAGAGGCGAGCCCGAUGAAGCCUCUACUCAAGACCCAUCCAAACUUGCCCGCCGAAAAACUGGUGGGAAUCUCGGGCGUGUACACGAGGCGCCACCUCUUCACCCUGCCCGCCCUCUUCAUGGCUGUCAUCAAGGGCAAUGCCACUCUCGUCUAUCUGCUGCUCAAAUACGGCGCCAACCCCAACUUUCAAGAUGGCCACGGUAACACAGCUCUGCACUUGGCCGUCAGUCAGGAGUCAGUUUCGUGGGAGUGUGUGUUGGACCUGCUGGAGCGAGGUGCGCAGAUCGCAGUGCGCAAUAAGGCUGGUAUACGUCCCGUCGACCUCGCGCCUCACACACUGCUCGCCAGGCUGCAGAACCACAUGGUGGCUGACUGCUGGAUGGGCCUCACCGAUCCACCACCAACAGUUGCAGUCGGGCCGACCACGAACAGCAUAACAUCUCGCGCGAGCAAUGCUACGAAUCCGUCGCGAAUUCUGCGCAAGCUGAGAACGACCGCGCGAACUGAGUCAAUCGAGGAGGCGGCGAGCUGUGCGUCCGGCGAACAGCCCGCUCUCUCAUCCACGGGUUCCGUACGCAGUCGUACCAGCAACAACCGCAGUCCAGACACCACUCAAUCAAAGGAGAACAAUGGAGACUUUCAAAGGGUUCGCAAAGACGCCGAGAAUCGUCGAAGUCAAGCCAGAAUCAAGCGGAAAGUAUUCAGAGAGAUCCCCAGAGAUCGUCAUGCUUCCUCUACUUCGGAUAAGCAGCCGUCGACUGGGAUGGAAGCGUCUCGCAGCUUCCACGUGCUGCUGCAGAUGUCGAGCAACCACGAGUGCCUUGGCUACCUACUUCGGGGUCUUCUGCAGCAUAUUCACAGCAUACUGCGUCUGUUGCAGCAGCGCAAUGACAUCACGCUGCACAGAAGUAUGGCGGCCCUCCUACACAACAUUCUAAAAACAGCACUGGAGGCGUACGGGAGCACUAGUGCGGUGAGCUUGGAGGAUGCUCGCCGUGAGCUGGUGGCCGUGUGUUGCACGCUGCUCAAGGUCUGCCUGAGCCUCAUUCACGGCGUGCACGACCACCAAUUCACGGCACUCGUCACCAUCAACAAGGUCAUCGAUGUGUGUGUCGUGCACAAGCUCGGCCAUGCCAAGUACAAGUCCAUCGAUGCGCUCCGUCAUCCCUGCAACGACAAGAGUCAGCCGACCAACGAGCUGGGUGAACCUCAGUCGCUGCAUGCACAAGCGUCUGUGGACGGGACGGCGGCAUCUGGAGGACAGGAAGGCUCAGGAACAGGCAGUGGAGGUGGGACGGGGGCGGCAGCGAGUGGCAGCAGCCGCCCCCGCAACCAGAAGCUGAGCGCCAAACGGCUGGGCUCUGUGUGGCGGCAUGCCGCCGGCGAGCAAAUCGAGCAAGUGCGCAAGACUAUCACGCCAGAGAGCUCUGUUGAGGAGAGCAUCAUGGACGUACUGUCGAGUGCGCAUGCUGUGUCCAUUCUGAACAUCCUACACAAUUCGCUGACUCUGUACAAGAGGGUGAUCGGCAGCAAGCAGCUUUGUUCUCCAAGCCAGAGGUUCCGCCAGUGCAGCUAUCACUGCCUGCAGCUGAUGGCGACUCGAGUGCUGCUGUUCAUGGUGGAGACCCCCUCCGUGCAGACGCAGCUCGUGCAGGAGCCGCAGCUCCGGAUACUCACCGCCGCCCUCGACUCCACCAACGAUCCUCAACUGCUAGUGCUGGCGCUGCAAAUAGUGGCGACAGUGGCGCUGGACCCAGCCAAUCACAGAGCUCUGCUGGACCACGGCAUGCCGGAUGUGUUGUCGCAAUUGCUGCUGCCCUCUGACGAGUGGUACUACACCAAUCACACCACCAAGUACGCCCGCUUUGUCAAGCACCAUGUCGCCAGGAUCCUCGUCUACCUCGGCUUCCAGCAUCGCGUCAACCUCCGAUUCUCCGUCUAUGACUUGCUGCUCGACGAUGCCCCUCCUCCCACCCCACUCACCGAAUCUGUGGAGGACUCCUACAUAACAAUGACGUCAGCUCCUCAGCCAAUCAUAUCAUGUAAAGAUUCUAAAGCUAUUUUAGGCAUUACUGUUGAAAACGCAAUCAUCUGUAUACUAAAAUCAAUUGAGGGCACGCUGACUCAAGGAGUGUCGACGAGUGAGAAUUCAACACUGCAAUGGGUUCUCAGCGGCUAUGCCUACAGUCAUAUAUCACGAGAAAACCAGCAGCAGCAGCAAGCGACGUGCGACCGACGGCUAAUGGACGCGGCAUCGACGGGCUUCGUGCAGAGCUUCCUGUCGUGCUUCCCGGCCGUCCUAAGCCCGGUGGUUGUGGUGCGGCUGCUGCUGCAUCGGCUGCUGACCACUGCAGCCCAUCUGCAGCGCUGGAAGAGCUGUGCGUCACGAAGCAGCUUUGCAUCGGCCACUGCCGGACAUGACGCGCCGCCACGUAGUCCCCGCUCACGCGCCUCCUCAACCGACACCGAGCCCGGCUCCACGCUGCGUAAACGCCGCAAGAUGGUGCCGGAACAGGUGAACCUUACGGUCGACUGCUCCGGGUGGGGCGGUUCAGAGGCGGGCAGCGUGGACGAAACGGCGGCGGCUGCGGCGACAGUCGCUGCGACUGUUGCAGCGCGACACCCGCGAGGCAGCAUGCGACCCGGCCGCGACAGCAUCAGCAGCGCCUCAGGCCUUGGACUCGAGCCGGCCAUGCAGGCCAUUUUCGCCUUUUCGCACAUCCUCAGACCCGCCCAGUCCAGGGACAGUCUGCACAGUGUCACCAGCAGUGAUGGACGACACAGUCCUGGCAACUCGCCACCUGGCCUUCUACCACUUCAUGCCUUCAACCUGUUGCACCACAAGCCUCGUGGGUCGUUCAGGUUUUCCAGUUUACGUCAUAGCAAUAAGCAACGCUCCAAAUCUCACGCCAAUAUCACCAAGUGCUGGUUGCAGGUGCUGCAUCACAACGGCGCUAAGGAGACGCCCGAGCAGGAGAUCCUCGCCUUCCAGAAGCAGCUGCAGAAUCUGCCCGACUUCGACUCGCCCGAACACCCGUCCGGCCACAGCUCCGACCCUGCAGCGGCCGCCGCCGAGUUCCUGGCGGGUCGCGUCCACCUGCGGCCGCGGUCACGGUCGAUGCCGCGCGUCACCUACGAGUCGUCGCGGUUCCUCACGCUGCCUGAAGCGCCCUGCGGUGGGUCACUGCGGCUGCCGCGUGGUCGCUCGGCCGGCACGCUCGGCUUUCCUGCCGCCGAUAUACUUCCAUGCGGUCCGGCAGCGAUAAUCAACAACGCAAGUCCCGUGGGCACGCCGGUGGAGGAGCGGCGGGUGUCGAGUGGAGGGGUCGUUGGAGGGGUGAUGCCCCCCUGCGCCCCCAACAGCCGGCGCAGCUCUCUUUCCCCUUCUGACCGCACCACGCGACGCCGCGACUCACCUGCAUGUCUACAGAUGGAGAUACCACCCUGGCAUCGAUGUAUCCUCAACUUUAUUGAGGAAUGGUUGCGUGUUUCACGCGUUGAGUUGGAUCGCAACGCAUCGCUGUGUCGAGAAAUUCGUGAUUUUUUAGGGAAAGUGGCUCCCUGCGGCGCUCCCUACCAGCAGUGGGCGGCUGAGAUGCGACAGGAAUUCCCUGCAUUGAAUAAAGAUCCAGACGUGGAGGGAGGUGACGACUUGGAGUCGACGGACCGCGAAUACUGUCAGCUUCUCCACAUGGUGGUUGGCGGGGACCUGCCAUGUAGCAAGGAAGAGGCGGCCUCUUUAGCUGGCAUCCAGCUGAGGAUUGAGGAAUCGUGGGGUCGCCCUGGUCUACUCUCUCCCGAUGAUCCCAACACACUCAAGCCAAUCUCAGAGGAUAAGGAGAGCUUCCUGCUACCGGUGCCCUCUUUUGGUCCGGGAAGCGGCCUCCCAGGUCGACCGGUCAGUCCCCUGGUGGAGGACACGGAGGGUGAGGAGGGGGAGAGCCGAGCCACCCCCGCUCCCGCACCUGCCCCUCGCUUUCCACCGCCCCCCGCCGCCCCCGCGCCUGCCAAGGUGUCCAGCAACAUCCUGAGGCGCUGCUACCCUUCCAGCACCACUCAGGUGCCUUUCCUGCCUUCCGGACAUCUCGAGGACUGCCUCCCGCCCUGCUAUCAUGGCGUCAAAACCAUGGCCAAACUUAUCAAGGAGCAGAAACGAAAACUAUUUCACACAUCAAUCUACGAAUCAGAAGUGCAACUGAAGAAGUUAUACGUUCAAACAUGUCGGCGUCUUCCAGCUUACGGAUGUAAAGUCUACCAGGUCAAGGAAUUAUUGCGAGGGAAAACUAAGAAAAAGGCGGCUCGGCUCCUAGGACUAGGGCCUGAGAGGAUAGUCCUACUAGACAACAAAACAAAGAUCCUAGCAAAAUCUCAAAAUACUUCGGAUUUAGUACAGUGGCGCACAGGUGGAGGCCGCUCCCAUGACCGACUACAGCUUGAGUUCCGAGGCAGCCGCUGGUCGCUGGUGGUGCCCUCAGUGGCUGCCAUGCGCCAAGUGGGUCUCGCACUCUGGGAGAUUCUUCACGAACUGGACUCUACCUUCCUCGAGGAACAUGCGCUCCUUUCACGCAUUUCGAGCCAAGAGGUGGUGAAGCGGUCGGUGGUGCAUCAGGUGGUGCACAGUGGCGAACUGGAGGCGUUGCAGCGGUCGCUUCACUUUCCGGAGGAAGUAGCGCUGCGGCUAGCCGACACCGAGGACCAGCUCUUCUACCAGGUGCCGCCCAUCGACUACCUCAGGCAGGUCACCCUCGACCUGGGAGGCAGUGUUCCACCCCCGCCGCCCCCGCCGUCGUCAGCCGGUGCAGCCGCCUCCGCUGCCCCCGAUCGGCCCUCUGUGCGCGCGCUUGUCAAGCGAUUCAACGAGGUGAGCUCAUGGGUGACACACCUGAUAAUUUCUCAGCCGACGCACGAAGAUCGCAAGUCGGUGCUGUCAUGCAUUCUGCGUGUGGCGCUCACCUGCUGGAACAUCGGCAACUUCAAUGGAGCCAUGGAAAUUGUUGCCGGGCUCAAAUCGAACAAGCUGAAGCCGUUCUGGCUGUCGAUCACGGACAAGGAGCCGCUGCCGGUGCUGGAGUUCGUGUCGCAGGCCCUGUUGUCGGUGGAGUACGAGCGCGCCCUCGGCCGAGCGCUGGCCAUGCCCGAGUGCCGGGUGGUGCCCUUCUUCGGCGCCUUCCUGCGCGACCUCCGCGACAUCCUCGCCAACACGCCAAGCAUCGUUGUGCUUGCACCCGGCGGUCAGCACACCCAGCUACAGUUCAUAUCGGACUACAAUGGCGAGGACCAUUACUUCACCAGAAUCGGGCCGGGCGGUCUCAUCAACCUGGACAAGAUCUACCGCACUCAAGCUGUCAUGGACAAGAUCGCCUCCUUCCAUCAACACUUUCAUAAUAGAUCGCGGGAAGCUGACAAUCUUAGGGAACAAUUAAGCAUUCACACAUCGAGUAUAGAACGGGCCUACCUUGUGGAGGAGCAGGAGGACUUGGACAAUGAAGUGGACAGCUACCGGCCUGUGCAGCCCCUCACCAACGAUCAUGGAGUCAGCUUCUUUCCCAUCUCCUCACCACAAUCCAACAUCAACCACCAUAUUCUGCAGGUGUUGCACCACGGCAGCACAGCGGUGCACUGGGAGGCGGAGGGUGGGUCGCGAUCGGCACUGGUGUAUGUGCGCCUAGAGCGCAGUUGCGCCACCCUGACGUGGUCGCGGCCCGCCUGGAGUGGCCUCAAGACGGCGCCCGCCACCUCCUCGCCCGACUACUGCCUCUCGGCCAACCCCGAGGAGAAUGUGCCAGCAUGCCUCGCCAACAAGUGGGCCGGCGAGCUCGCCAGUCUCGGUCUUGACGAGGGAUUCCUAGAGCUAUCUGCUAUCAAGGAGAUAACACUGGGAGGCAGAGACCGGGAGAAAGACCCCGACCUGGCGAACACGUUGCGCCGAUUCGCCCUAGACAAACAUCCAACUGCCGACUGCUGCUUAGCACUCGUGUAUGGCGUCAACCUCAGUGAUAACAGAGUUCUAUUUCUUCUAUGUCCUCCAACUUUAUGCAGGAUGUGGUACAGUGGCCUUAGCUGUGUUGUCCGUGGGUUGAAGAGGCAGUUGCAGAUGGUUGAUAGGAGAAUGCUGUGGCUCAAAGAACAAUAUUUACAACUUUUCUUUGAAGAGGGGUUUUGUGGACCAAUGACUGCUGAUGCUAUACGGAUUGAAUUUCGCAAAUUUAGGAAAAAGAGAUCCAUCGGCAACAUCCAAACUAUCAGACCAGAGUCGAGCACAAAGCUGUCAGAGCACGCGGAGAUGGUUGGCUCGGGUUCGAGCACCUACCUGGGCAGGCGGCCCGGUUCGAGUCCCGCGCCACCCAGCCGUUCACGCUCGAUAUCCAGCGAAAUGGAGAUGAUGCGUCAACAGCAUGGCAACGCAGCCAGUCCACACGGAUCCACCGAUCACCUCGAGGCGGGCACUGCCAGUCCCACCUAUCAGCCAAAAGACAAAAUCAAAAGCGAUGUUAUCUGGCAAAUGAGAAAUUUUCGACAUGGCUCAAUAACACACGAAACACAGUUGGAUUUCGUCGAUUUUGUUGCACUUUUUCGAUCUUUCAGUUUACGUUCCCGUAAAGACUUAAGAGAUCUGUUUGAUCAACUGGCAUUGACAUGCCGCAGCCUUUCUGAUAGUUCCUUGAAUGAUAAUAGCACCAAAAGUUCUCCCGAGCAUCCUGCCAAGCCACAAUCAAAAAUUGGUCCUUUGACGAGGAACAGUUCCGCUGAUCUGAAUGAGUGUAGAAAUACACCUGUACAACAAAAGAAGAAAAUAUUCGAUGCAAUCACAGCAUCAAGUAUUAUAAGUAAUUGUGCAGGUGUCGACACGUCUAAAUCCCAAGUGAUUACAUUAUCGAAUUUCGCCAAGUUUCUUGAAACGAAACAAAUGGAGACUUUCACCGAAGAUGAAGUCAGGGACUUGAUCAAGAGACACGAGCCUGAUCCAACAUUGAGGCUGCAGAACUGUUUAUCGUUUGAGGGCUUUGCUCGCUAUCUGAUGGAUAAGGAGAAUUUUGCCUUCCUCAACGAACGCAUUUGUCCUGAUGAAAAUGAAAUGGACUUCCCUUUAUCACAUUACUACAUUGCAUCAUCCCAUAAUACAUACCUUACUGGUCACCAGCUCAAGGGAGAAUCAUCUGUAGAUCUUUAUAGUCAGGUUUUACUGACGGGCUGCAGAUGCGUGGAGCUAGACUGCUGGGACGGCGACGAUGGAUCUCCACUCAUCUACCACGGGCACACGUUCACCACCAAGAUCCCGUUCCGCUCAGUCGUCGAGGCAAUCAACCGAAGCGCCUUUGUCACCUCGCCCUACCCUGUCAUACUCUCCAUAGAGAAUCACUGUUCACUCCAUCAACAGGCCAGGAUGGCUCACAUAUUCCAGUCGGUGUUCGGGGACAAGCUGAUCACCAAGUUCCAAUUCGAGGCUGACUUCUCCGAAGACCCUUCACUGCCGUCGCCCUACCAGCUGCGCUACCGCAUCCUCGUCAAGAACAAGAAGCUGAUGGCCGACAUCCCGACGGCCGUGUGGCCGGUGGUGAAGGGGGCGGGGGGUGCGGGGGCGGCAGCUAGGGGGGCGGGGGUGGCUGCCAAGGGAGGCGGUGCUGCCGCGGGGGCGGGUGGGCGCGCCUCCUCCAUCAUCUCCAACACGAGCGGCGGAUCCGUCAACGACGAGUUCAGUGAUGAUGAUGAUGACGAUGAUGACGAUGAUGAUGAGAAUAUCGAUUCGAGCGUAUGCCCGCCACGCACGGACUCAAUGUCGAGCCACGAGAGCGGGCUGCAGAAAGCGGUGUUGCCACGUGGUGCGUCGAGCAGCAGUCGCUCGCCAGCCGUGCCUCCGCCCGACAUUGACUGGGGCACAGUGCAUGAGGACGAGGCCAGUGCGCACAAGCAGAAGAAGCAAAGCAGUCAGAUCGCCAAGGAACUCUCCGAUCUGGUUGUCUACAUUCAGGCGAUUAAAUUCAGAGGACUGAACACAAUCAGCCCAAACAGCUCGGUGCGCUGUAAAAGGAUAGUGCCAGCAACAGCGGUGUCGUCAGCAGCCCUGCUGAAGAAGGGAAGUGGUGGCAGUGUGAUUGGCUCCAGUGCAGCAACCGGAAGUCCCUGCUCCGAUCCGCACGUCUACUCCAAACACAAAGUCAACACCUAUCAUCCGUGCUACCAGUGCUCAUCGUUGAACGAGAACUCGGCCAAAAAACUGUGCAGAAAACAGCCGCUGCCUUUGAUAGCACACACUGAAACACAAUUAGUUAGAACUUACCCAGCAGGUAUGCGAAUAGACUCUUCAAAUUUCAAUCCAGUGAUAUUUUGGGCGUUCGGCAUACAGAUGGUUGCACUCAACUACCAGACUGAAGAUGCGGCGUUGCAUCUGAACACGGCCAUGUUCGAACAGAACGGUCGCUGUGGAUUCGUACUGAAACCAGCUGUGAUGCGUGAACGCUCCCACAUGAUGUACCGGCGGUUCAAUCCCUGGGACAAGGAGUUUGACGGCCUUCACUCGACUCAUCUCAUUCUAACUGUUGUGUCUGGUCAAUAUGUGUGUCAGAACAAUUUCACCGCUAGUGUUUAUGUAGAAGUGGAAGUAAUCGGUAUCCCAGCCGAUUGCAACAAACAAAAGACUAAAAUAAUCCAAAGAAACGCUACCAAUCCCAUUUGGAACGAUACCUUCUUUUUUCAAGUUAUGUUCAGAGACUUGGCUUUUUUACGAUUUAGUGUACUUGAUGCCAACACCAAUCACCUCCUCACACAGCGUGUUAUGCCGUUGAAGUGUCUUCGUCCUGGCUACAGGCAUGUCAGGCUACGAUCGCCUCAAAACCAGGCUCUGCAUCUGUCAACGUUGUUUGUUUGUUCAAGGACCGAAGAAGAAAGUCUAAUGGAGGGUGUGCAACGAGGAGGAGGCAGAGAACGCGAAGUUCAGGAAGUGAGACAAGACCCGCGGCCUGUAGGUGUUAAGCGUCGCAUGUUCUUCCUGAUGGUGUACGGUGUCGUUCCUGAGGAACCAUACACGAUACUGAAGAUCACUCAGGAAAGCACAACACAAGAGGUACUGCUUCAAGCAUUACAGAAGGCUGGCCAGGGCGCCGAGAAAGUACAUGACUAUGUGCUGGUGGAGGAAGUGUCGCGUGGUUGGGAGAGGAGAGACCGAGAUGUGCCAGCCAGCCAGAGGGUGCUCGACCCCGAUGAGAGACCCCUACAAGCCCAGGCACAGUGGCAGGGUGACGGCAGGUUUAUUUUAAAGCGUAUGGGUGAUGACCCCAGCAGUCGUGCUUGGUUGUCGUCGAUCAGAUCAACCAGACAACAAGCAAACAAGCAGGCACGAACUUGGGAUGAGGCUGACAACUUUUUAGUUUGUGUAUACAAUGUCUCACCGGAGAUACCAUACGCGAUAUUGAAGGUGCCUUUGAGUGCUUGUGCUCAAGACGUUCUGGCACAGGCGUUGGUGAAAGCGAGGCGAAUGGAGGAUCCAACCCGGUUCGUUCUGGUCGAAGAGUUGGAAUGGGGCGGAGGCAGGCAGCAGAGGAUAUUGCCGGAUGAGGAGAAUGUGUACAGGACUCAGGCACACUGGCAGACGAUCGGCAGGUUCAUCCUGAGGGAGCGCGAGACAAGGCGUCACAUGACGCUGAGGGCAGCGACGCUCGAUAGACUGAGCAAGGGACUGAAGCUGCCGGUCGGGGAGGCGUUGAGUGACCCGACCGCUUCCAAGGUCACCAAGACGCGCUUUCCGCUGAGUGGCCUGGGUCGGGGGGGCAGCACCCGCGAACAAGGGCCGCCGCCCCCUCGGCGCAUGCGCGAAGUCCACUCCGAGGGCGAGACGCUGAGUGACGAUGACGUCAGAGACGCUGACAUUCGCACGGCUGUCUCGCGACUGAAGCGCGUCUCGCUGCGCAAGCUGCGCGUCUGGCGAUCAUGAUUGUUGCUGCUCUGCUGCUCCUCCCAAUCGCAUGUCUCUUUCUAACUUAAUCACUGUACUUAAACAUAACACAGCUGAAACAUAAAGACAAUAGUAUUAUUUAUAUAUAUAUCUAUGAAUAAAACAUUAUAUUUGCGGUAUAUAUAAAAUUGUUAUCUAGGUAUAAACUUAACUGAUAAGCGAGCAUUGUUGAAGCUAAGCUGGAUGAGUGUGUUCCAUACAUAGGCUAAAUAUAAUACAAUUUAUUACUAUUCAUACCGAUUUACCGCUCGCUUUGAAUUGAAGAAUAAUAAAUUAAUACUACUACUGAAAAUAAGAAAAACCGCAUUAUAUAAUAAUCAUUAAUUCACGAAUGAAUGAUCGAAUCAUUACCAACAAGUCUAGUCAAGAACAAAUCUCUGUGAUACUAUUGCAUAUAUUGAAUAGAAACUCUUAACUAUAUAAAGUUUUCUAAAAGUUUAUUAUUAAUUUAAUAAGUGUUUUACUAUGCUUCGAAACCUCCUUUCCACUUUUUCAACUUGAAACAAUAUUAUUGUUGCUAUGUAUUAUGAUUGAUAUUGUAAUUGAAAACCCCUCUCGAUUCUCACAAUUAUAUGAAUUGCAACAGUUUAUUGCAUGAGAGUGGAUGUCAGUAUGCAAGACAGUGUGACUGAACGUAAAUGUGAGAGUGACUUGUUAAUCAUGCAACUAAAAAACUCGAAUAUUAUAAAUAAGAAGCACAAUAUAUUGUUAAUUGCAUCAAGUUAUCAUUUGUAAAAGUAUUUAUAUCAUGAUAGUGACAUUUAUAACAGAAUUGAUUGUUUUAAUUUCAAAUGUGAAAUUGUUUUUGAAGCGAUAAUGCUAUAAUAGUAUUCAAAAGUGGAAAACGAUUAGGACUUUAGUAGAUCAAGUUUGAUUCUCAAGAUAAAAGACAGUUGACUGUUCUAGUAAAUUUUAUUGUGGGAACUAUUGAGAUAUAGUUUUAUUAUUAAGUUUUGGAAAUAAUCUAUUUUCAGUUGAUCUAUAGGCUAUAAUAUAUUCAAAGUUGAAAGAUUGUUACUUGUUAAGUUCAUGGACUGUAGAAAAUACUGUUGUUUGGACAACAUAAAUUCCUUUAUUGUGGUGAAAAUUGUCUGGGAGUGGAAGUUCUCCAAUCAAAAUAUUCUGUAUACCUUACCUCAAACCCCCAAUUCAUCUCCUGUACUUCAACAAAACAAACUAGAAAUCUAUGUGCCAAAUGAUACUUAAUAUACCACGUCUGGAAAUAGAUCAUAUUAUAGCUUAGUUUAAGCUACCCAUUUCUUUGUUGUGCUUUUUUAGAUGACCUGUGACUAGAAAACAAUAUUUGAAACAUAUCUUUAGAUUAAACACUUCAAUGAAUAGAUUUUGUUUCUCAAAUUGUUUUGUAACUUUUCAAUUGAAGCCUUAUAAUAUCAAUUAAGGAAUACAGUAAAGUGGUAUCGUUAAAAAGAUGAAAUAGUUAACGUUGAGUCAUUUAAAAUGAGCAUUAGUCGAUAUGAGGUGGAGGAGUAGGUAAGGAUACACCAUCUUGAAAUGUAGAUUACUAUUUAGAAUGAAGUGGGUUUACUGUUUUAAUUUAGUCAAUCAUGAAAACAGUUUAUUCCUUGAUUCGAGAAAUAUCCAAUCUUAUAUUUUAUGUCAAGGGUGAUGGAGGGAGAAAAAAUAUUAUGUUUGAUGUCUUAUGAUAAUUUUUAAAUUUCAGUUACGGUACUGUAUAUACUUCCAUCUAUAAGAUAACCUAUAAAAUUCAUUCUAUGUUGUUUGAUUUUUCCGGAAAAUUAUCAAAGUAGGCUAUAUUAUCAUUUACAAAAUAAAUUAUCUUUGUGCACGUGUUUUAUUCUAGAAGAGUACAGUUUAAAUAUCAGAUCAAACAUCAACAAUCACCUCAUCAUCCAAUCUGAACCAUUGACAUUCAAGUAAAGAUUUAAUAAUAUGAAAAAGAAACAGUAACCACAUUUUUUAUGGCAAAUCCAAUAUUUUCAUAAAAAUGAAGAUUGAAGAUUUAUUUUACAAGUGCACAUGUCUGAUAUUCAGUGGUCCAAUUCUCGUAAAAAUUUAACAUUUUCAUUUAGGCCUAUAUCUGUUACAGGCUUGUUAUUAAGAUAAUAUUUCUUGAAUCCGGAUCAAAUAGAAAAAUAUCAUGUGUAUACGAUUUGAAUGAAAAUUUGCCAAUCGAUGAGCAUGCAUUGAGGAAAGCUUUCAAUUGAGUUUGAAUCUUGAAAAAGUACAUUUGAGUUCUAUACUUUCAUUUGUGGAUCUAGAGAGAAAAGGGCACUUUUCUCCCUGAAUAAAAUGAAGGAAUUACGUCUUUUGAUGCAUACAACAUUUUACCUCCACCUUCACCAGUUACAUAAAAAAUUAUGGCAUGUGCUAGUCAAAAUCAUGAUUACAGGGCAGCCAUUGUACUCAAAAUACAUUAAUCAUAAUUGUCUUAAUUAAAAUUAAGGUAUUCCUUUUGUUAAGCUGAGUUUAACAAAAUGUUAAUAACUUAAUCCUUAUAAAUUCUAUUAGAUUGAACAUAACUUAUCAUACACAUGAUGAAUAUAUGUGUUUGUCAAGUUCCGUUCAAUCUAAUAGAAUCUAUAACGAUUAAGUUAUCAACAUUUUGUUAAUAACUUUGGUGUAAACCUAGCUUUAGAGUUUGUUGAAGUUAUUAACAGUUACUGACCAAAUUGAAAAAUUUAUAUCAUAUCUCCGGUGUCAAAGUUUAUCAUGAAUUAAACUCUUCUUGUUAAGGACAAAAUUUGUAUUUGAAUAUAAUUUUUUACUUAUUUCGCUUACUAUGAGAAAGUGAGACACGAUAUUUGUUAUUCUUUAGAAACUAUGAAGAAACAAAGCUUUAAAUAAUUUUACAUGAAAUGAUCAUAAAUAUAUAUAUACCACAUUGUUAUCCUUACACAUAUCCUCUUUGUAGGCUAUUUAUAACUAUAUGAAUAUAAAUAUUAAGACACUUAUGGCUGAAGAGUGUUUUCAAAAAAUUAUAUAUUUGAAAUGGAAAACAAACACAUUAUGCCUUUUAAAUUGGAAUGUCUUUUUCACCCCAGCCUCGACCAACUCUUUAUAUUGAUAAGUUGAAUUAAAUUAAAUGCUGAUUUAA